AUGCCCUCCUAUCUCAUCACCGGCGCAAGUCGAGGCCUGGGCUACACCUGGCUCAAGCACCUCUCCUCGAAUCCAGAAAAUAUUGUGAUUGGUCUGGUCCGCAAUAAAUCCGCUACCCAAAAACGUCUGGUCACCGACAACCUGACCAAUAUAUACCUUGUCUGUGCCGACAUCACCGACGCCAAAUCCCUUCGGACCGUUGCCGAGCAAGUCGGCAACAUCACCGGCGGAAGUUUAGACAUCCUGAUCAACAACGCUGCGAUAUUAACCGUAAGCAGUGCUUUCAACUCCAUUGUCGAUCUGUCUCCCGAGGUCUUGGAGGAGAACAUCUUAGAUUCAUGCAGAACAAAUGUCGUAGGGGUUGCACACACAAUCAAUGCCUUCCUACCACUGAUUCGAAAGGGGUGUCAAAAGAAAGUCAUUGUUGUCUCGUCUCUGUUAGCAGAUAUUGACUUCGUCAGUCGCUUUGCACUUGACACCGCGACCCCAUAUUCAAUUUCCAAGGCUGCAGCCAACCUUCUCAUGGCCAAGUACCACGCAGCGCUUGGGCCUACGGAAGGGAUCCUUUUCCUGGCGAUUAGUCCCGGCGUCGUGUCGAAGCCGGACACGACACCUACGGUAGAAGAGGCAGAGGGAAGGCAGAAAUUGGUCAGCAAAUUGAAAACGUACGCGCCACACUUCACAGGUCCGAUCACCAUGGAGGAGAGUGUGAGGAUGCAGGUGGAGGUCAUUGACAAAGCGACCGUGGAAACCUCCGGUGGAACUUUUGUCAGUCACUUUGGGAAUAAACAAUGGCUGUGAUGGAGUCAUCGGCACAAGAUCAGUCGGUCUCUCGCCCAAGGAGACUUACUGUCUUAACAAAAGGUUCUCGCGUUCAUUGUAAACUGCUAGCUACCGAGAGACUACGGUCCAUAGGGUUCUAUUACCGCAAAAUGCUCACUGUUUGGGUACACGGGGAGACCAAGUCUGCUUCAUUGUGAUCAUGCCAGGUUCGGAUUGAGGAACCAGGUCUAGUUAUGUUAAGUUCGACAUGCUCUUUUCAGUUCCGCGAUGGUUAGGGUCUCCGGGGAGCACUGCUAAUAUAGCCGAAUCGCUGAAAGACAAUCAAUGUAUGUAUGUAUGCUAGAAGCUCAC